ACAGCAACAGCAGCAGCAGCAGCAGCAGCCAUAGUAAUAAUCACCAUUGGCAGAAGAAAAACACUUGGAGCUCCAACGAACCAGCACAGAUGAACCAGCCUACACGUUCAGACCAUUGGGGUCAUAGCCAAAACCAGCAGGAAAACGAUCAUGCUUCUACGGGAUGGGGAAGUGCUUCACCGACAAGUCAUAAGGAUCGUUGGAACAGUCAUCCUUUGAAGGGUAGAGGAGAAGUGACUGAGAAGACGACCGAAGGUUGGGACAGUACUACAACGACAUCACUCAAUAAGAGUCAACAUGCUGAGCAACAUGAUACAUGGCGCCAUGAGGCAUCAAAACGGAGUCAUGACCCAUGGCAUGAGGAGAAAGAGGAUAAAAGCAACGGCUGGGACGGAGUCGUAGAGUCAACAACACCCAUCCAAACGGACCGUCCAUGGGCUGUCACUACGGCAUCUUCCACCGACACCACUCGUAACGAUCACUGGAACACAGUCGCCUCUUCCUCCUCAUCAAGUAAGGCAGACACUUGGCAUACUGCUACUGCGGAAUCCAUUGGUAGUAGCCAUGAUAGUAGUAGUGGCUGGGAUGCCACUCCCAAGUCUUCCACUCCCAACUGGGGAUCGGUGACAUUAGAUAGUCUAGGAUGGUCUGAAAAGAGUAAAAAGAAUGUCAAAGAAGCGGGUAGAGGUGAAUGGAGAGACGGUACACAUAUUUUGGCCGAAGAAAACGAAGAAUUAAAGCUUAAAUUGUUUGGCACAUCGGAAGAUCAUGACACUAUGCAUACAGGGAUCAAUUUUGACAAGUACAAGGAUAUCCCAGUAGAAGUCAAAGGAGAGAAUGUUCCCCAUGGUAUUGUUGAGUUUGCAACUUCUGGAUUAGACCGUCAUUUGUUGGAUAAUAUCGCUUACGCACAUUACAAAACGCCCACUCCUGUUCAAAAACAUUCGAUACCUAUCGUGAUGCAAGGGCAUGAUCUGAUGGCAUGCGCCCAAACCGGCUCAGGAAAGACAGCGGCCUUCCUGUUCCCUCUCUUGUCCGCUUUAUUCUCAAAGGGGCCUUUAGCAGACCCGCAGGAACCUCCUGUGAAGCGUGGGUACCAUAGCUAUCAAAAGGCAUACCCUCAAGCGCUCAUUUUGGCGCCUACCCGAGAACUGGUGUCACAAAUUUACAAAGAAGCCAAGAAAUACUGCUAUCGUUCCUACGUUCGACCUUGCGUCGCGUACGGCGGAGCAGAUAUUCAACAGCAACUGCGUUUGAUCGAUCGUGGCUGUCAUCUCUUAGUGGCGACGCCAGGCCGUCUUGUGGAUAUUCUUGAACGUGGGCGCCUGUCUUUUCAAAACAUUCAAUAUUUGGUGCUGGACGAGGCCGAUCGUAUGCUCGAUAUGGGGUUCGAACCUCAAGUGCGUCGUAUUGUGGAAGGGGAAGAUAUGCCCCCUUGUGAGAAACGACAGACGUUGAUGUUUUCCGCCACGUUCCCUGACAAAAUUCAGUCGCUUGCUCGUGAUUUUUUGAAAGCCUAUGUCUUUUUGUCCGUGGGUCGCGUAGGCGGCGCUACCGAGAAUAUUACACAAAAAGUUGAACUCUUGAAAGACGAAGAGAAACAGGAUCGCUUGCUGCAACUAUUGGCUGAAUCGCAGGACGCCACCAUAACGACGCCAACAGCAGCAGAGAGUGGUGGUGGUGGUGGUGGUGCUGGUCUCACGUUGAUUUUUACAGAAACCAAAAGAAUGGCCGAUGUGGUGUGCGAAUGGCUCGUUGACAAUGGAUGGGCUGCUACCGCUAUCCAUGGGGAUCGUGUUCAGAGUGAACGUGAAGCUGCAUUGGAUUCUUUCCGACGGGGGACCACACCCAUCAUGGUCGCUACGGCUGUGGCGGCUCGAGGUUUAGAUAUCCCUAAUGUCACUCAUGUGAUCUCUUAUGACUUGCCAAAGGAUGUCGAUGACUACGUCCAUCGUAUUGGUCGUACAGGUCGCGCGGGGAAUACAGGUGUAGCUACCGCCUUUUUUACCUACAGUAAUCGAUUCAUGGCGGGUCCUUUGGUGAAAGUAUUGCAAGACGCUAAACAAACAGUCCCUGCUUGGUUAGAAGAGAUGCGUAUGGAAGUGGCCACGAGUCCUUCCACAUCAUCGUCACCUUCUUCCAGAGGCGGCCGCCGAAGAGAAGGAGGAGGAGCGAGUGAUGGCAAUCGACGUCGAGUGGAAGAAAGGGGAGGAAGGAGAUGGUAAACAACGAGUUUUACAUGGUUAAAAAUGAAACAUCAUCUUCAGAUUCUCUAUAUAUAUUCAUAGAAUAUCUUUACUGUUGCAAAAAUAUAAAAGAAAACAAUUACUUUUUUGCUUAUGUAUUUCUUGGUUCUCACGUACUAAACAUUAUAUAUUGUAUGCGUAAACGUAUGCAUGCAAAAUAGAUAGGUUGUAUCAAAAGGCCCCAAAAAGAAAGGUAUUAAGUA